CGCAUGCGUACCGUCACCAACUACCUCAUCACCAACAUGGCGGUGGGCGACCUGUUGAUGACGGUCCUCUGCGUGCCCUUCACCUCGUCGAGCGUGAUCCUGCUGCAGCACUGGCCGUUCGGCAGCGUCAUGUGCUGGCUCGUCUCCUUCUCGCAAGCCGUCACCGUGUUCGUCUCGGCCUUUUCGCUGAUCGCCAUCAGUGUGGACCGCUACCGCGCCAUCAUCUACCCGCUUCAGCCGCGCGUGACGCGUCAGCACGCGCGUCUGGUCAUCCUCCUCAUCUGGCUGCUGGCGGGCGGCACGUGUCUGCCGAUCGCUGUCACCUCGCGCACCUGGAUACCACAGCGCGAGCGGCACUACCGGCUCAACGAGUACUACGUCUGCCAGGAGCACUGGGAGAGCGACAGCCGCCAGUACUACAGCCUCUCCGUCAUGCUGCUGCAGUACUUCCUGCCGGUGCUGGUGCUGAUGUACACGUACGGCCGGAUCGCCGUCGAGGUCUGGGGCAAGGCCUCGGCCCUGUUCGAGCAGAACGACUCGCGCGAGGCACGCCUCACCAGGACGCGUCGCAAGGUGAUCCUGAUGAUGGUGAUCUGCGUGGCGGCCUUCACGCUCGCCUGGCUGCCGUUCCACGUGUUCGAGAUCACCACGCAGAUCUACCCGUCCGCCUUCGAGUGGCCGCACAUCAAAGUCCUGUUCUGGGCCGUGCACGCCGUCGCAAUGUCGCACUGCUGCAUGAACCCCGUCAUCUACUUCACGAUGAACGACAAAUUCCGGGAGCGUCUGCUGGAGAGCCUCGGGCGCGAGCAGUCGCGUGUGACGCUCGAGUGCCAGCAGCUGAACCGGAUGGCCGGCGCCUCGGCUCGCUCCACCUAUCUCAACUCGGUCAAGUACGACACCAGCGGUGUCUAG